GGGGCGACAGCUGAGCUGGGAGAAGAGGCCGGGCGGCAGCUGCGCGCAUGCGCAGAAGAGACCUGCGCGAUCGGGCGUGGUGCUCGGCCUGGCUUAAGAUAUUUGAGACAAGAUGCAGGACCCCAAUGCAGACACUGAGUGGAAUGACAUCUUACGCAAAAAGGGCAUCUUGCCCGCGAAGGAAAGUUUGAAGGAACUGGAAAAGGAGGCAGAAGAGGAAGAGCAGCGAGUCCUUCAGCAGUCAGUUGUGAAAACAUACGAAGAUAUGACUCUGGAAGAAUUGGAGGAUAAUGAAGAUGAAUUUAAUGAGGAAGAUGAACGAGCUAUUGAAAUGUACAGGCAGCAGAGACUGGCUGAAUUGAAAGCAACUCAACUGAGGAAUAAAUUUGGAGAAGUUUUGGAGAUCUCAGGAAAGGAUUAUGUUCAGGAAGUUACCAAAGCCGGAGAGGGCUUGUGGGUGAUCCUGCACCUUUACAAACAAGGGAUUCCCCUCUGUUCCCUGAUAAACCAGCACUUCAGUAGACUUGCCAGGAAGUUUCCUGACGUCAAAUUUAUCAAAGCCAUUUCAACAACCUGCAUACCCAAUUAUCCUGACAGGAAUCUGCCCACAAUAUUUGUUUACCUUGAAGGUGAUAUCAAGGCUCAGUUUAUUGGACCUCUAGUGUUUGGUGGCAUGAACCUGACAAUAGAUGAGUUGGAGUGGAAAUUGUCUGAGUCUGGAGCAAUUAAGACGGACCUGGAGGAAAACCCUAAAAAGCCAAUCGAAGACGCCUUGCUGUCCUCAGUGCGCAGCUCCAUCCCCAUGAGCAGGGGCAGCGAUUCCGAGGAUGACUGAGCUGUGCCGCGGUACUGUCCUGCCCUGCCCGGUGCCCUCUUGGUUCCUGGGUUGAUGCUCAACCACUGAGCCACACCGGCUGGGCCUGAGCUUUCUUGAUAUGACAGAUGAUCUGGAUUUUUUUUAAAAAAAGGAAAAAGUAGGAAUGAAUCCUUUGUUUUUUAGCCUUUUAUAAUUAUGUUUCAAAUCUCGUAGUUCUCAGGAAUAAUCAUUGCUAGGAAUCCUAUUGGAUUUCUUAGAACUCUUUUUAAAUUAAUAACAUUUUCUUAAAAAAAUAAAGACCAGCUGUUGGUAUGGCAAA